AAGAAAAACAGAAGAUGUCCUUUGACGAGAAAAAAGGAUGUUCAAUUCUGCGCAGAACACCUAAAGCAAAAACAAGAUGAUGUUAGAAUCCCAUGUCCUGUUGACCCAAGACACACUAUAUGGGAAAAAGAUUUGAAAAAUCAUAUAGAGAAGUGUAAGGCAAAAGCUACUGAUGCUACAAAAGUUUCAUGGUUUAAGUUGAAUCACAACUGUGAAGUUCCAAAGGAGAAGGCUGAAGAGAUUGUUAUUGAUUAUAAGAAAUGGAUACCCAUUGUGGAAAAAAUCUAUACAAAUUUUGAUGAGUUGAAGUUGAUAAAGUUGGAACAUGAUGGUGUCAAAGAUAGAAUGGAAGAACUAGGGAAUCAGAAACAUGCAAUUCAACAAUCUUCGUUGAUCUCUCAUCUUGAUAAUAAAGAAUUGUUAUCUAAUGAGUUGAAUUAUAUUGAAUUCGGCUGUGGACGUGCUGAAUUAUCAAGAUAUAUUGCCAAAUCUAUUAUGUUCAAGACGAGUAAAACUGCUGAUUUUAUACUUGUUGAUAGAUCCCCAACUAGACUGAAGUUGGAUUCUAAAAUGGUUAAAGAUGCCGAAGAGCAUGACUUGAAAACUAAAAUUUAUAGAGUCAAAAUUGAUAUUAAAGAUUUGUUCAUCGAUGAUAUUGUCACAAAGGAGUUCAAUAAUAACAAGAAUUUCGUUGGUGUUUCAAAACAUUUAUGUGGUGCUGCUACUGAUUUAACAAUUCAAUGUAUUUUGCAAAACCCAAUCUUGAACUCAAGAUUUCAAGGAAUGAUUGUGGCCAUGUGUUGUAGACAUUGUUGUGAUUAUGAUAUGUUGUCCCUAUACUCCAAACAAUACUUGAAAAAAUUUGGAAUUGAAAGGGAAGGUUUUAAGCAUUUAAUGAAGUUUGCAAGUUGGGCAGUAAAUGGAAGAAGACCAGGAAUGAAAGAUGAAGAUGGAAGUGAUCAUCCUAGUGGGUUAAGUAUAAAAGAAAGAGAAGACCUCGGGUUGAAAGCUAGAAGAAUAAUAGAUGAAUCAAGAAAGUUUGCAUUGGAACAAAAUGGAUAUAAAGUUGAACUCUGUCAUUAUGUUCCCCGUGAAAUAUCAUUAGAAAACACGUGUAUGAUUGUCAACAAAUAA